AUGGCUGGGAGGACACAGGAACUAGUAUUUCUCCGUCCUCCAAUAGACGUUUCAGAGAUGUUAUAUCCGAUCACUUAUGUGAUUGGUGGAAAAGCGCUUGGUUUCAUAUCAGCACAAAUAAGGACCAUGGAGGGUACGGAUUUUGCAAUGCAUGGAUUUGCCCCCCACGCCAAUGCACAAGAAACAAGCGUUAAGGAUGAAUGGAAUGCAUCAGUACGAGCACUUGACUUAUAUUUUAGCAGCGAAAACCCUUUUCGUUCUCGCUUUCGCUUUAGCCCGAUACAGCAAUGUGUUGUCCACAUCGACCAGGCCAAGGGGACAAGAGAGACGAAAAAGGACGUUGUGAUUUGA